UCGUCCCAGUAUAUAUACCGCAAAGUACAUGGGAAAGCAGAGCCCAUUUCGGACGCCGACAAACCGAAAAGACGACAUUCGGCGACAUCUCAGCUUUGCGCCGCGGAGGGAGCUUCGAAUAGGGCACCAUUGAUCUCUGCCCUGGCCAUAUCUGCGUAGCAGUUUUCAGACAAGGGGGCCAGACCAGAUGUCUCGGUCAAAGACAAGAAGCAAGCUGACGGUCGAGAAGGACUCGCAGUCCAUCACGUACGCUUCUGGACGGGAUACCUCGACACCCCCUGACCUCCGCAUCCUGCACUACAAUGAUGUCUACCACCUCGACCCGUCGUCGGCCGAGCCGGUCGGCGGCGCCGCGCGCUUCAUGACUCUGGUGAACGAGUACCGCUCGCACGAGAGGUAUGGAGGCCAGCCGGAGCUGCUGUCUUUCUUUUCCGGCGAUGUCUUCAACCCCAGCCUGGAGAGCUCCAUCACAAAGGGAAGCCAUAUGGUCCCCAUCUUGAACGCAAUCGGGACGGACUGCUCGUGCAUAGGGAAUCAUGACCUAGACUUCGGUGUGUGCCAAUUACGCUACCUGGCUAGCAAGUGCAAUUUCCCAUGGUUGCUGGCCAACGUGCUCGACCCUUCGCUGGGCGACGGCGUGCCCAUCGCGCAUGCUAAGCGCACGCACAUGAUCACGACCUCGAACGGCAUCAAGGUCGGGCUCCUCGGGCUCGGCGAGCGCGAGUGGCUCGAGACGGUCAACUCACUGCCGCCGGACCUGAUCUACAGGUCAGCCAGCGAGACGGCGCGGGAGCUGGUGCCGCAGCUGCGGGCCGAGGGCGCCGACAUCGUCAUCGCGCUGACGCACAUGCGCGAGCCCAACGACAACAAGCUGGCCGAGAACCUGGGCGGCGACAUCGAUCUGAUCCUGGGCGGGCACGACCACUUUUACGCCCACAGCCUGAUCAACGGCACGCACGUCCUGCGCUCCGGCAGCGACUUUAAGCAGCUGUCCUAUAUUGAGGCACGGCGGCGGCCCGCCGGAGGGUGGGACAUGGAGAUUGUGCGGCGCGACGCCAUCUCGGCCGUGCCGCCGCACAGGGAGACGGUCGAGCUGAUCGACGACCUAACGUCCAAGCUGAAGCAGAGCCUCGAGAAGCCCGUCGGGUACACGGCCGCGCCCCUGGACGCGCGCUUCACGACGGUGCGCACGCGCGAGAGCAACCUGGGCAACUUCAUCUGCGACAUCAUGCGCCACCACCACCAGGCCGACUGCGCCCUGAUGGCCGCGGGUACGAUCCGCGGCGACCAGGUGUACCCGCCGGGCCCCAUCCGGGUGAAGGACAUAACGGACUGCUUCCCCUUUGAGGACCCGGUCGUCGUCAUUAGGGUGACGGGCCGGAAUCUGUGGGAUGCGCUGGAGAGCGCCGUCUCUCUGUAUCCUGCCCAGGAGGGCCGCUUCCCGCAGGUGUCCAACAUCAAGUUCACGUUUGACCCUUCCAAGCCGCCUGGGUCUCGCAUCGUCUCUGCAAGCGUCGGUGACGGCGAUCCCAUGGAUAUGGACAAGACUUAUUCCCUCGCCACCCGAGGUUACAUGUCCCGUGGUAAAGAUGGCUACAUGAGCCUCUUGGUCAAAUCGGCAGGCGGCGACGCCGAGGAGAUCGUCAACGAGGAGAACGGCAUCCUCAUCUCCAUGCUGCUGCGGCAGUACUUCAUGUCGCUCAAGGCGCUUGAUCGCUGGAAGAACUGGAGCCCGUCGCUGGACCGGCACUGGGGCCGGGUCAAGACCAACGUGACAAAGUACCACCCGGUGCUGCCGCCGAGCCCGCUCGAGACGGCAGACGGGGCCGGGGGCCACGGCGGCCAGGAGGAGUUCCCCGUACCGACCAUGCCGGCGCCAAAGGCCGACACCGACGCCGUGGCUACGAGCUGGGACGCGUGGACGGCCAAGAAGCUGCGCGCGCGGCGGGCCAGCGUCGGCCCCUUUGACGAGCGCGUCGUCGACGGGGCCUCCCCGACGCCAGGCCAGGAGGAGCUCGAGCGGCUCGACCACGAGCUGCGCGUCAUGCGCCGCUACUUUGCCCGCUGGUGCCGCAAGGCCGGCGUCCAGGCCGGCGCGUGUGACGAGGUCAACAGCGAGGAACUAGCCGUCAAGUGGACCCAGGCCAUCGCGCCCCGGAUCGAGGGCCGCAUUACCAUUAUCUCGGCGGCCAUGAAAAAGUAAGGGUCGUGGGAGACCGCCUUUUUUUUUUUUUUUUGGUUUCUUUCGGCAGGCAGCUGUCGUCGUGAUUUCGUAACCAUGUCUUCUUCUUGGUGCUACGGCACAUGCUCACAUGUCUGUCAUACGGAGAGAUAGAACUGCAGAUUUGUUUUGGAGCAGUGGUUGGAAAUUUGAGUGAGAUAGUAUAGGAAGCAAGGCGCGAUACUUUUGAAUUGGAUGUUCUACAUGACUCUGGUGGCAACCUUUUUGCUGCAUGAACGUUGAAAGGAGAAAUUACACGCAAUUCGUUGUAAUGAAAGAGCAAAGAAAACGGAUCCUUGUGUAACUUGGUCAAGGCAGCGAAGAUGAGAAAGAUUUACAAAGAAUCAAUAAUAGAAGCCGUGAAGGGUAUUUAAAGAAAGAACACACGAGACUAAAAGUCGCA